AUGAAAAAGAAGUAUCAAGGCUCUGCAAGAGCAAAGAGGCAGCAGCUUCAAGCUUUACGCUCGGAAUUCGAAACACUUCGAAUGAAGUCGGGAGAAUCAAUUGCAGAUUAUUUCUCUCGCGUGAUGACCAUUGUCAAUAAAAUGCGAAUUCAUGGAGGCAGGACAGAAGAAAUAACUGUCAUAGAAAAAAUUCUUCGAUCAUUAACAGCAAAAUUUAACUUUGUUGUUUGUGCUAUAGAAGAAUCUAAAGAUAUAGAUGAUUUGUCACUUGAUGAAUUGCAGAGCUCAUUGGUGGUGCAUGAACAGAAGUUCAAACAGGAAGACACAGAUGAGCAAGCAUUAAAGGCUUCUACCGAUACUCGUUCCAACAAUUUUCAAGGAAGGGGUAGAGGCAGAGGUAGAGACAGAGGCAGAGGCAGAGGCAGGUCCACUAAUUUCAGAGCCAAUAAUGAUCAAUUUCAAGGCAGAGGUAGAGGAGGAGCCCCUGAUAAAUCCAAGCUUGUGCAUGCCAAGCCAUUUGGCAGAAUUCUUGAAGAACUUCACUUCAAGCAAGAAGGAGCAACUUUAAUUUAUUGUGACAAUAAUUCUGCAAUUAAAUUGUCAAAGAAUCCAAUUUUACAUGGGAGAAGCAAGCAUAUAGAUGUGAAGUAUCAUUUCUUAAGGGAUCUUACAAAGGCUGGUAUAAUUGAUCUUAUUUUUUGUAGAAGUGAGGAUCAAGUUGCUGAUUUGUUUACAAAGCCUCUCAAAUAUGUUGCGUUUCAAAAGCUCAGGGGAUUACUUGGCAUAUGUUCCAUGGAGAAAGUCAAAGGAUUUGGAGUAAACUGA